UGUUGACCCAACGUUGUUCUCCUUCCCGCGUUCAUGUGGCUGAAGCGCGUGACUUGUAGCGCCGCUCCCGUGAAAAAUAUAUUUCAACAGCUUCAGUCAGUGCGCGACACCGAGACUGCCGGGCGACAGCAGCGUCUCCUUUUUAGCGAAUGUGGAAACACAAACAUCCAAACGGUUAACGGACGAGGACCAACGUGUAGUGGAUUAUUUUUUUUAAUUGUUCCGUUUGGCAGCAGAGGGGUAUUUUUACAGCGAGGUCCACACAUUUCAAGGAAAAAAGAAAGACGUACUUGGGAAUCAUAUGGACGAAGGCAAACUCAUGCAUCACUUCAGCUGUUGUUAAAACCUCAGCUUAAUGGAGCAGCACUGUUGUAACAGUAGUGUACGACAGCCAUCAGCUGCUCCGACUGUUUCGUGGUGGGAGGUUGGCUUACUGUCUCUUUGGCUUAACUUCAAGCAGACAGGCUGUCUUUGCUUCUCUCAUUGUAUCGGACAUCUGCUCUGGAUAUGGACACGCAUCUCAACAAAAGCUGUCUGUCCAGUCGUGCUCCUGGAGGGCCAACAUCCUGCAGAGUUUAGCUUCAACCUGCCCCAGUACACCUGCGUGGAGUUUCUACUAAUCCCGAAGGCCUUGACUAGCUGGUUUAGAGUGGUCCUCCAGGACCAGGAUUGGACACACCUGAAACAAGUUAACAGAAAUGAGUCGCCAGACUGCCACAGCGCUGCCCACAGGAACCUCUAAGUGUCCCCCUUCUCAGCGCGUCCCAACCUUGUCGGGCACCACCGCAUCCAACAGUGACCUCGCCAGCCUAUUUGAGUGUCCUGUCUGUUUUGACUAUGUGCUGCCGCCCAUCCUGCAGUGCCAGAGCGGCCAUUUGGUUUGUAGCAACUGCCGGCCCAAACUCACCUGCUGCCCCACCUGCAGAGGCCCACUUGGGUCAAUCCGCAAUUUGGCCAUGGAGAAAGUGGCCAACUCAGUGCUUUUCCCCUGCAAGUACGCCUCAUCAGGCUGUGAAGUUACCCUACCGCAUACAGACAAGGCUGAACACGAGGAGCUUUGUGAAUUCCGGCCAUACUCUUGCCCUUGUCCUGGCGCCUCCUGCAAGUGGCAGGGAUCUCUCGAUGCCGUCAUGCCUCACUUGCUGCACCAGCACAAGUCCAUAACCACGCUACAAGGUGAGGAUAUUGUCUUCCUGGCCACAGACAUCAACUUGCCUGGGGCAGUGGACUGGGUCAUGAUGCAGUCAUGCUUCGGCUUCCAUUUUAUGCUCGUGCUGGAGAAGCAGGAGAAAUAUGACGGCCACCAGCAGUUCUUUGCCAUCGUGCAGCUGAUCGGCACACGAAAACAAGCGGAAAACUUCGCCUACCGGUUGGAGUUGAACGGCCACCGGCGGCGGCUCACCUGGGAGGCGACGCCACGUUCCAUCCAUGAGGGCAUUGCCACCGCCAUCAUGAACAGUGACUGCCUGGUGUUUGACACCUCCAUUGCUCAGCUGUUUGCAGAGAAUGGCAACCUGGGUAUCAAUGUCACCAUAUCCAUGUGCUGAGGACUAACAGCCGUGCAUACUUGAACACAUACACACAUACAUGAAACCAGACAUUUCAAAAGACCGCAGGAUACCUUGAGUUGUGCUUGGGGGACGGGGGAGUAGCUAACCUAGGGAACUUUUUGCUGUUGUACGUUCCAAGUAGUCAUCAAAAAAACUGUAAUUGGUUGGAGCUUGGCACAUCCAACCUGACUUUACUCCUGGAUUCUCAGUUUUAUGCUACAAUAUUAUAUAAAUUAAAUAAUUAAUGUAUUCUACACUUUUGAGAGCAACAUUCAUUGCCCUCGAAGGCAUAGGAAAGCCACGUAUGUGGAAUGGACUUUUGCAGAUGUGGCAUUUGGAACAAGGGUUUGAGGAACAGCACGCAGAACUGGAUGGCGGUUGGGAAUAUUGAUCAAUUUUGCGGUGGGUUUGCUCAAAAGGUGCAACCCUUAGAGCAUUUCAUUCUGUUUUUGUUUCCCAAGACGUUUCACAUUUCAGUUCAGAUAAAACACUAACGUUCAAAUAUUAGGUUUUGUUUUAUGUCCCCCACCACACCUUUUCCCCCCUCUAAUUUUCCCUACCUUGAGUAUGAUACAGGAAGGUUCUGAUAAUUGGUGCAUGACCACUGGAUUAGUUAUAACAAGUCCAGAUUUCAUUUUAGAGGUCUUGUUUGUUUCUGCCUAUCAUUGCAGUGUUUCUCCUGUUUGUUUUUGAAGGGAUAGUUUCAUAACUUGGCACACGCACAUCAAGCCAGGUUGUAAAAAGUCAAGUUUUUUUUUAAUCAAUGCCACUUCUUUUGUUAUAUCAAAAACUCUUUAACGGCUAGAUUGAAGUUGUGCAGUACGCAUGAGAUCAUACGUUUUGUUUCCUGAGAUGGGAGCCCUCCAUUACAAACAGUGGAGUAAGCACUGCACUGAAUAUCAGGCUAGGAACAGGGGCAAUUAUUAGUUAUUAUAAUGAUAUGUCAUAAUUAUCAUUUUGCAAUGACUUAUAAGAAAAUGGAAUGAAAAGGCUGUUGUAACAUUGUGGCUAAUCUUCAGUGUUUGUAGAUAGUGUUGUUCUUCAGAAGACCUCAAUGUCUUCUUUUUCUCUUUUUGUAAGUCAAUAUUUUUGUUGCUGUUGUUCUUUGUAUGUCUGUAUUUCUGUUUUGUUUUUUUGCAAGGAUAGGGUGAAGCAAAGCCAAACAUCUCUGUGGAUACAUUGUACUGUUGCUAGUCCUGAUCUCUAAUUUUAUUUGUUUUGUUUUGUUCUAUUUUGCCAGUAAAUAAAUCUAUCUUUUUCAUA